CCCAUGGACGCGUGACAUGUCUCUGGUGGGUGUCAUUGCACCCCGUCCCACCCAUGGACCUAGUACCCGAUCCUCUUAUCCUAAGGCCCAAUCGGAGGCAUCACUCGCCUACUUGUCACAGAUAGUGUAGAAUUUAAAAUUUGAGCAACAAAUCACAUCUUGUUUCCUUUUUAAUCCCAUCCAUCAGACUUCCUCGAUGUUCGGGAACAACUAUCGCAUCCAUUUCCUCUUCGUACUCGCUUGGCUCUUGUUCCCUCCGAUUACUGCUGGAUGGAUUUUGCUAAGGAUUUCAGCCCCUUCAGGCCUGGCGGGCUCAACACUCUUCAAAUGCUUCUUUUUUUCCUCUGUUUGUGUCACUUAUUGGGUAGCCAAAGUACAGUACGGGCAACGUAAGAAAGCACUCAAAGCGAAGCGUCUCGGCGUGGCCCUACCCCCUGAACCUCAAGGUCGCUGGAUCGGCAACAUUGACCUCAUUAUUGACAACAUAAAAAACUACAACGAAGAGCCUACAAUGGACUAUGUGGAGGCAUUUUUUGAAAAGUUCAACACCGAUACGUUCAAUUUACGCAUCUUGUGGACUGAUCUCUAUUGGACCAAGAACCACCAUGCAAUGCAAUCAAUUCUCGCCAAAAAUUUUGAAAAUUAUAUUAAAGGCCCGGAGAAUAAGGUAGUGUUGGAUGGAGUGUUUGGAGAUGGGAUUUUCGCAGUAGACGGACCGGCUUGGAGGGCUCAUCGGGCGGUCAUGAAGCCAUUUUUCUCUCGUGAGAGAGUCCGCGACUUCCAACUACUCGACAAAUAUACAGACAGAAUCCUCCUAAUCUUGCGGUCCAAAGACACGUCCAAUGAGUCUUUGGAUAUGCAAGAUCUCUUCAGCCGUUUCACCCUCGAUGCAGCGGGAGAAUUCCUUCUUGGCACUGACCGCCUAAAUUCCCUUGGACUCCCACUUCCGAUGCCCGGGCGUGCCAAGAUUGGGUCCAAAGGCACUGAAUUGGAAGGUGCUUAUGGCUCGUUCGUCAAUGCUUUCGACAAAAUUCAGAACAUAAUUUCGCUGAGGUACGAGCGAAACUGGUUCUGGCCAUUGUUGGAAUUCUGGAGGGAUGAAACGAAGGAGCACAAGAAGGUUAUAAAUGAUUUCAUCGCUCCUCUAAUCAGGGAGGCGAUUCUCGCAAAGCGGGACCGAGAAGGAAACCUAUUGGACACCGCAGACUGUUGUUUUCUCGAACACUUGGUUGAUUCGACGGAAGAUGAAAAACUCAUUCAGGAUCAGCUCCUCAACACGCUCGUGGCCGCUCGCGACACCACGACGGCACUAUUGACUUUUCUUACAUACUUGCUUGCUAUCCACCCACGCGUGCUCAGAACGGUGCGCGAUGAAGUUGUCUCCAUUGCAGGCGACCAGCCUCCAUCCUACGAGCUCAUUCGGAGUAUGAAAUACCUUCGCGCCUGCCUGAACGAAACCCUCCGCUUGUUCCCCCCAGUCCCCAUCAACGGUAGAGCAUCUCUGAGACCUGCAAUCCUGCCAUCAUCAACUCCCAAUGGACCUAGUUAUUAUGUUCCGGGUGGGCUUGCAAACGUCUUCUUCAUCCCGCUCCUCAUGCAGCGUCGGAAGGAUUUAUGGGGAGAAGACGCGGAGGACUUCUUGCCUGAAAGGUGGAUCGAACCAAACAGGAUUAAGGAGUUGACGGAUGAUCCAUUCAAAUUUCUUCCUUUCAAUGCUGGCCCCCGAUUAUGUCUUGGGCAGAAUUUUGCGUACAAUGAAGCCAGUUUCGUUAUAGUCCGGCUAUUGCAAAACUUCGAUACGUUUGAACUACGCCAGGAAGAAGACGCACCGCAGGGAUCGUGUCCUUUGCCACAUUGGAAAGAGGGGCGGGGAAGGAAGAGGGUCGAAAGGGUAUGGCCAAGGGAAGGGGUAACUCUGUAUUCCAAGGGAGGCUUGUGGAUCAGGUUGUCUUCGAAGAAACAUUAGGAAUCUACCUUCGUGAUGCGCAUGCCUGGUUAAUGUGCGCGAAUGAUAUUUCAUUACAAAAUUUAGCAAAUGAACAAGAUCAUGAAGAGGAAGUGAAAACAAUCCGACU